UUCCAGUACGUGUUUGACGAUCAUACUGUGCUAGUUAAUCGAGAAGGGAACGAUAAAAUCAGCGUCUAUUGGCCGGUUAAUCGGUGGCCCUUGUCGGACGAUCGCGUUGCCAGACUCCCGAGAUCGAUCGUUAUCUGUGACAUCAUGAUUCCCGAACGAAUUCAACGUUAGGAUGUAUCUUUCCAUCGGGUUCGAAAUAGUUUCGCGGAAAAUCGCUGGAAUAUUAUGGGACACGACGCGUAACGGCCGUUCGCGGAACGAUCGAAUGUAACCGUCGGAAGAGAGACACGUUCAAACCCGACUCGUGUUUUCCGUUAUCGAAAGUUUCGCCAGUGACGAAAGAAAGAUUUCUCGAUGGUUCUUCGUGGCUUGCUGGCACCGGCGGCGGCGCGAUGGACACGAAAUAAAACCUCGAAAAGGGGCCAAGAGAAUCAGACAACCGAACAGUUAGGAUUAUCGCGUUAUGGGCCGCAAGUGAUGAGCGUGUUGUGUUUAUGCACCACUGUACACCAAAACGCUCAGAACAAGAACCAGGUUGGCAAAAUACUUCCCAGCUUGCCACCGGUUUCAUCCGAGGAAGAGAGGAUAAACGUGUCGCAGGAAAUAUCCACCGACGAGCUGGAUCUAUUAGCUAAACUGGAGGAAGCCAAUAGGCUUAUCGAAUCGGGUGCAAAGUCAUUGAACUCGCUACAAAGCAAUCACAGUAGGAAAGGUUCGGAUACAUCACAGGUGUCUGUGGCGUCGGGGGGCAGCGGAGGGAAUGGCGAUGCUGCGCCCCGACGCCACGCUACAGCUGAUGGUGAAGAAAAUACAUGGACACUCUGGGGUAAUAUCGUCAGUGAUUGGGAUAAUCAUUGGAAGAAGAGGAAAGAGUUCGUCAAAGAUUUAGUACGUCAAGGAAUACCUUACCAUUUUAGAGGUAUUGUUUGGCAACUACUAAGUGGUGCUCACGACUCUCCUGUUAAAAAGCAAUUUGCUGAAUAUAUCAAGGCCACAUCGGCAUGCGAAAGGAUAAUCAGAAGGGAUAUAGCCAGAACAUAUCCUGAGCAUGAUUUCUUUAAGGAGAAAGAUGGGCUUGGUCAGGAGAGUCUGUUUAACGUUAUGAAAGCGUAUAGUCUUCAUGAUCGUGAAGUGGGAUAUUGUCAAGGUUCGGGAUUUAUUGUAGGAUUGCUCCUUAUGCAGCAAAUGCCGGAGGAAGAAGCUUUCGCUGUACUGGUAGCGCUUAUGCAAGAGUAUCGUUUGCGAGACAUGUUCAAGCCGAGUAUGGCUGAAUUAGGGGUGUGCAUGUAUCAGCUAGAACAUUUAGUUGCUGACACGCAUCCCGAGUUACACGCUCAUUUUAUGGCUCAAGGUUUUCAUACCUCCAUGUACGCAUCGUCUUGGUUUCUUACGCUUUUCACCACAGCGCUGAGCCUACCGCUGGCCUGUCGCAUUUUUGACGUGUUUCUGUCCGAAGGCAUGGAAAUUAUUUUCAAAGUCGCGCUGGCCAUGUUGCACAUAGGCAAAGAAGAUCUUUUAAGCUUGGAUAUGGAGGGCAUGUUGAAGUUUUUCCAGAAACAGUUACCCGGGAAAGCCGAGAAUGACCCCGAUGGUCUCAUGAACCUCGCCUAUAGCAUGAAAAUCAAUCCCAAAAGGAUGAAGAAGUUAGAGAAAGAUUAUACCGUUUUGAAAAUGAAGGAACAAGAGGAGAUGGUCGAACUCCGUAGGCUCAGAGCGGAAAACAGGUUACUGAGGCAAAGAACUGAACUUCUAGAGGCCGAGUCUGCGGAGCUUGCGGAUAGAUUAGUCAGGGGUCAGGUUUCUCGCGCGGAAGAAGAGGAGACUGCUUUCGUUGUACAAAGGGAAUUGGCAGCUCUUCGGCACACGCAUUUAGAGACCAGCCAUCAGCUCGAGCAGGCGCACGAGGAGUUGAGAUCGCUGUCGUUGCUGCUGGCGGAGAACGUCAAUUCGAAACAGUCGUCGUUGGAUGAAAUUCUAUCGAAGCAGGAAGCAUUGUCGCAAAAGGAAGAUAUGAUACAGUGCUUGCAGGAGGAAUUAGUCAGAGUCCGAUUGCACGAGGCGGAAAACGAUGCAACAAUAAGGGAGCUCAGAGCGAGAAUACAGGAACUGGAGGAAGAUAAAAAGACAUUGCGCGAAACUACGCCGGAUAAUUCUGUUGCCCAUUUGCAGGAGGAACUUAUCGCUGUGAAGCUCAGAGAGGCAGAAGCUAAUCUCUCUCUGAAGGAUCUCCGUCAAAGAGUAAUGGAAUUAAGUGCAGCUUGGCAAAGGCAUUUACAAGAGCAUCGUUCGGCUCAAACAGCACCGGCUAGCGAUUCCACGCCGAAGAAGCUUCUAUUCUGGGAGAACAGGGGCCACGAAGUGCAGAAGUUCGAAGAAGAUUUAAUGACAACGAGGAUCCGAGAAAUGGAAGCGUUGACGGAGGUGAAGGAGCUCAGGCUGAAAGUCAUGGAGCUCGAGACUCAAGUACAGGUCGCCACGAAUCAGCUUCGCCGGCAGGACGAAGGGGGGAAGCAAGUCAAAGAGGAGCUAGAAUCUGCCUUAGCUAGAGAAAAGGAGCUCACUGCCAAAUUACGCGAGCAACAGCACAAGUAUUCUGAUCUGGAAUCAAAGAUGAAAGAUGAAGCUAUGAUGGCCAGGAUACGUGACGCGGAGCACGCGCAGCAAGUCGCUGAACUCACGCAGAAAAUAUCCAUUCUUGAGUUAAAGAAUGAAGAGAUGCACGCGGAGGGUGAACUUAGAAAUAAUUUAGACGACAGCGAGAGAGUAAGAGAACUGCAGGAUAAAGUUGCAGAACUGAAAGCCGAGGUCAUGAGGCUAGAAAGCUGGAAGCAACGUUGGACAGGUCAUGGUAGUCAAAAUGUGAGAAGCUUCAGUGUUGACACUGAGAGCGAACUGGACGAGCGGGAUCUCCGAAUUUGUUUACAGGAUCAUAUCAACGCGACUACACCGAACUCACCAGAGGUAUAGAAUUCCACGUAUACCCAGACAUUAGGCAGCUAAUUAUCGUUGAACAUUAUUGAAACCGAAACCGAACGAGAUAAUCGGGAAUACUUGUAAAAGUUCAUACCCGGAUAGCUCGUUCCCUUAUAGCGACUUCCUAGGAUGUGAUAAUUACUUCCAACGUAAGUAGUUGCGCAGAUCAGCAUCACUGCUUUGUUCUCGAUCUUUCACUCUUCUCUAUUUUCUUUUCUCAUUCUUCUUUUCUUUUCCCUUCGUUCUACGAGUAUACGUUUCUUGUUUUCCUUUCUUUUUUUUUAUUUACAGCUUUACUUGACCCUUAACGAUCCACACACACAUACGCACACAUACGCACACGCGAUCCCACCACCUUCUAGGCGAUCGAACGCAAAACACUCGUUAAGAGUCACAGUGCUAGAUCACCUGUUCGCUUAUCCGAGAAAGCGGGGCCAGCUGUCCGAUAAGGGAUGAUUCCCUUUCUGUCUAUGAUAAACAUUUCUGUUCGACACGCCGCUGUCCAUUUUUUCCAGCUUUUGUUUUUAACGCGAUCGAAUGGCAGGCCUGGCCAGAUAAUCUCACACGGGACAACUCGAACGUUCAAUUGUUCUCGUGUACCUUCGUCGCUUUCAUUUUAGGAAUAAUUUAUUGACAGGUGUAUUUUAAUCAUUCGAAUACGCAUUUUAACCCUCUGUAGGCACAUGUAACUUUGAAGUCACGUAUCAGUAUAUCGGCAUCUUGUUGAUUUAUUUCAUUUUGCAGUCAAAGUGGCGAAUAAAAUGAGGCAAUCGAUUAACUGCAACUUUUAUGCGCUCACGCGUGAAAGUUCGUCAUUGUAACCUGAAAGUUACGAAAUAUAUUUAUUCGAUGAAAUUAUGGAAACUAUCGAGUACAUUGUCAAUUCGUAUUCGUAUGUGGAUAUUUAUUAAUUUUGUACUGCGCAGAUUUUGUUAUAAUCGUUAAAAAUUCGGCCCAUAGAGGGUUGGAAACUUUUCACGUGGAACCGGUAAUUGCCGAAUAGGCGAAUCAUUUGGAAAUUAGUUAUUAGAGGAAUUAUAUUACGUUUCCCUGCGUUAACGAAACUAUCCAGUAUUUUAAUAUUAAUUUUUAACGAGUCUGUUUAACGACCAGGUCUGCCGAAGUAGAAAAUAAAUUCGUCCCUCGACGUAUUCGUAUUAUAAACUGUUUGAUUUGUGGAAAAAAAGAACUGAGAUUAGAAAACUAAUCGCUAAGUAUUUAUUAAUGAAAUCUAGAGAUGUACAGUGAACAACGUUUUACCUUGACCGACUCACGACACACGACUCACAAGUUAACGCCACGAAGGCGAACACACGACUCCGCGUCGAUAUUCUUCCAGACAUUCCAACUGAAAAAUCAUUCUCUCCCCCCAGAAGCAUUCUUCUCGCUCGCACACUCUCAAGGAACUCUCGAACACACCCCCUAAAAACCCGAACACCAUCAGCCCCCGGGCCCGCGACGUCGCGCGGGCCAAAUUCUCUAUAACCUGGCACAACUGUCCUUUUUCUCUUGUCCUUCGCUGACACUCAUCCUCGCAUUCACGCUUCUUAAACUAAACUAAACUACACUAAAAAACCUUAGAUACUACAGUAUAAUACUAGCAAAUAAAUUAGGUAUACCGUACCACAAUGAUUUUCAUCAACGAAUACUUCCUACGUGUAAUUUGUCACGACAGUUUCUUUGAUUGUACAAUUCGUAGAAAGUAAGAUUUGCGUCCUUUCAUUUUCGAACACCCGAAGGGAGCAACGUCGAAGUAACCACUGUCCCCUGUUUGUAUAUGUGUAUUUAUUGUCAACUGUAAUUAUACAUCGUUUUAGGUGUAACACACACUGAUUUGCGUGCAGCUAACGAAUCACGAUUAAAAAUUUCUUUCUCCUAAUCGAUCGAAACGAGUGCAAUCCGAAAUUCGUUGAACAUUCAUUCGAAGUGCGUUUCGCAUCGUUAACACGUUUCGUGUCAUCACCGCGAGCAUCACGCGCGAUUAAUAUUUUUAAUAAAUUAUUGAUGAUUAGAGUUAAUUAUUUUCAAUAGCCAAACAAUCGUGUCAAGGAAGUAACGAAUUUUUGUCGGCUCGAGGAACAGAGAUUCUCGGUUUCACGGCGCAAAACGUGUUGAAGAUCGCUCUUUUGAAUAACAGAGGUAUUAGUGUCGAUCACGGAGGGUGGGAACGUUAAGGGUUGAACGAAUGCGUCCACAGUUUUUCGCUUUGGCCUAACUUACCUCCGUAUGAUUUCCGUUUUCGCCGCGAACGAUCGGCAAAAUGCGUGUCAACGUCGAACGGUCGUCGUCAUCGGAACGAACGUUCAUUCGCACCGAUCACCGGACUGUUCCACGGAAAAGUGAACUUUUCCGCUUCCGUGCACGAUCAUGGGGCAAGCAUGUAACAUCCAUUCACGAGACAGUAGUCUGUUAAUCGCAGCUCAGAAAGAAAAAGUGAAAAAUUCAACGAAAAGUAUGUCUCAGUAUUUGGUAAUCGGCUCUAUUGGAAAUACUUAUUAUAUCACUUGAACGUGUGAUUGUCUCUCACGUCGAAUUUAAUAUUUGUCCACGUUAUUUUUACCGUAUUGGUAAUUAUUGUAUAUACUUGCUCGUACCGUGACCAGUCAAAUAACUGCAAAUCAAGGCUAAAGUUAGACGAACCAAAGGGAAGAGCAGCAUUGUUCAGCGAAACGAAAAGGAACGACAGGAUUUGAAAUUUUGAAACCGAUCAUUCGACCGGUUCGCGGUACGGUUAGCGUUAAUAGGUCAACGUGAUAACAAUAUAUAUUUCCGGUAGCGUGCGAGAGACUUGUUAGGUUGUUGCAUACGAAGCAACCGACUUCGCUAACUACGUAACGUAAUUUAUGUUGUGCGACCGCAGGUGUUGCUGCGAAAUGAAAAAUGAAUUGCCGCGUUGCAUUUCAAUGUGCGAUUGUUCUGCGCGUUAACGCUGGAGCGACCAUUUCGAAUUUCUUUUACGACCGUUCGAAAACAUUUGAACGAUUCUCAAGUAACGUUGACUUUAAAUUUUAACUGAAAUCUUGUGAUUUUUGUGAAGAAAAUUAUAUACGCCAGAUUGAAACGUUACAUUCGCACGAACACCUGCGACGACAGUGGCAAUUGAGUAAACGAAAUUGUAAACGAUUGCGAGCACGUGUAAAUACAGUGUGUGCCGAGACAAAGCUGCGCCGCACGAUGUGCAACAAUCUAACGGUGUCGAAUCUUUUCAGAUAAAUCGGCGGCGAUCGAACGCACGUUCAUCUCUGAUUACGAGGAGCAAUAGGAUAAUAUCGAUACUGCCUGAUAUCAUUCCGACUGGAUUAAGUGCAAUUACCCUCUUUUUUUCCCCUAGCUUCCGGCUAAUCUCUAACGAAAAGUAUUUA